CACUGCAGUUAAGAAGUAACUGGUGUCUCUUCAGGACAGGAGGCUGCAAAAAUCUCUGCAAUGAAGCAUUUAAAAAUUAAUCUGGUAACUCAAAGUUCACGAUGAAGCUGUGCAAUUUAUUUUCACGAACUAGAUCUGGUCCAACAUUUUUCUAAAUUACUUAGACAUGGUAAUUUGUGAUUUCAGGAUCAUGGGAGGAGGAGAGCUACCUGGGCUUUUGGUAAAUGAAAUCGGUGGCAUACAUGGGAUACUGCAUGGCCAUGUGCCGUUCCUGAAGAAACAUUUCUACCUCAUCACCAUGAAGGAAUUUCUUGAGAACAAAAAGCAUAUGAGUAAAAAAAUCCAAGCAAUCUAUUUGUGGUGGCACAAACCCAUCAUUGACCAAGAGCUCCUGCAGAGCCUGCCAAACUUGAAAGUGAUUGCAAAUUCAGGAGUAGGGAUGGAUCACCUAGAUCUGAAACUUGUAGCUAGCUUUGGUGUGAAGAUGGCUAAUGCUCGAUAUGCUGUUUCCAGCAGCACAGCAGAUACUGGGAUGGCUUUGCUGCUGGCAUCUGCUAGAAGACUAGUGGAAGGCUAUCAUGUUGCAAUUUCUUCAGGCAUGGAGUACUGUGAAGCCGAUUUUCUAGGAGCUGAAGUUACUGGAGCUACUCUGGGGAUCAUUGGCAUGGGCAACAUUGGGUAUAAGAUUGCUCUGAGAGCCAAAGCAUUUGAAAUGAACAUUUUGUACCAUAACAGGAGACGAAGGAAAGAGCAAGAGGAGCAAGCUGUUGGCGCCACUUACUGCGAAAAGAUAGACAACUUGCUCCAGCAGGCAGAUUUUGUGAUGGUUGUGGUGAGCCUCACACCUCAGACACGCAAGCUGAUUGGGAAAAGAGAGAUGGAGCUGAUGAAACCCACAGCUACUCUCAUUAACAUCAGCCGAGGUGCAGUAGUUGACCAAGAGGCACUGGUGACAGCUCUGCAGACCGGUGUUAUCAGGGCCGCUGCUUUGGAUGUCACCUACCCGGAACCACUGCCCAGAGAUCAUACAUUGUUAAAAUUAAAGAAUGUCAUUAUAACACCUCACCUCGGCAUUAAAACAGACAAGGCCACCUACAUGAUAACAGAGGAAGCAGUUGAAAACAUACUAGCAGCUCUUAAUGGUCUCCCCAUUCCCAAUGAAGUGCUCCCUAGCUGACGUGCAAAAGGAUAUCACUACUCUCUUUUUAUUCUUCUCUUUCUCCCCAUCAGCUCCAAAGGUUUUUAUUCUUAUGUUUUCCCCAUUAAGAGAAACCUGUUUCAAGUGGGCACAGAAAGUUCUGGCUUGGUCUUAAAUGACAUUAAAAAAAGUUUUUACAUUUUAAUUUCCUUGCAAAUUGGAGGAAUACAUUAACUUUCACUUCCAACCAUAGAUAGAUGCAUGCAGGCUUUAAGUGGCUUUGGGAAAAACAACUUGUGAUUGCCAAUGCACUUGCUAGACUCCCUAGUCCUAAAGAAAAUGCCAUUUUAGAUUACAUAAUUCAUUUUGUUCCCAUUCUGUAUUAGCUAUCAAAAACAACAAAGUAAGCUACCUGGCUAGAAAUAUUACUGAUUUCCCUUAUGGAAGUCUCCAUUUAAACUAGCUCCUGAGACACAAAAUGCAGAGACAAAAGUCAGUUUUCAGAAGCAUACUCAGAAUCACUUAUUUAAAGCAGACUGGAUUUUAGAGGGCAAUUUAAAGUACUAGCACUAAGGAAAAUUAGUCUUCAAGAUGAACAUGCUACUGUGUUUGUAAUACCAAAUUUAUGUGCAGUCUACUGCCACAUUUUCAACUUGUGCAAAUAUUUGGAAGAACACUUGGAGCCUCCUAAGCUUCCAGCACCAUUCUGUAAAUUAGUGGGAACACAAAAAUCAAUAAAAACACACGCAGCAUUAAAAUCCAAAUCUAUACAUUUUCCUUUGUAUCACUGCUUCUGGACAUUCACAAGAAUAAUUAUAUUUGAAAUGAGAUAUAACAGGGAGCUUUACUACUGUAAAGAGAAAAAAUACUUUGGCAAAUUGUUCUUACUGAAAAAAACAAAAUCCCGUGGCUUUCCCCCACUAGAAAUAGCACCUUAUAUUACAGUUAAUCAUUCAAAUUCCACAAUAAAAUGAUUUCUUUAAGUAGAAGAAUGCUCAUCCACCUCACUAAAGCUUUGUAGGAAACAGUUUGCUGUCCUUUCAGUUGUCUUCAUGUACUCUCUGUUGUCUUAAUACAAGUCCAAAAGACAAAUAAAGCAAUACACAACUCAAA